AUGGGAAAUCCUAAUUUGUUAAAAAUUUUUUUAUUUAUCUUUUUAAUAUGGAUAUGCUUAUAUUAUAAUAAUGAGAAUGGAAUUAAUAAAUCGCUGAAUAAAGUAGAGAGUACAAAUGGUUUAUCAAAUAGACAGUUUUAUCGGAUUUUAGAAGAAACAGAAUGCAAAAAAAAAAAACAUUCAAAAAAAGUUAAGGAAUCAAAUAAGAAAAGUGAUAAUGGAAAAAAUAUAAUCAAAUUAACAAUUGACAUUUCUCAUGAUAAAUUAAUUGCAACAACACUUAUUUUUGGAUCAUUGUUAAUGUUAUUAAAUGUAGGAUUCACUAUGUUUAUGUUUCUAAAUAAAUUUCGAAAUGAACUUCCAUAA